AAACGUUCCGUGCGUAACAACCACCCUCACCCUCCUCUGCACCCCCUACCUCCCCUUCGUGCUCGCGACAGUCCCUGCCGGCCACUCUCACGCAACACCCAACAAUUGUCCAUCAAAAAAAAUACACUAUAAGUGAGGAAAUCCGGGUAACCGAGUACGAAGUGAUGUCGGAGAAGACUCAAUUCUACUUCCUGCUCACGGGUGCGAAUAGGUAUAGAUAUUUAUCAUCCCAAAACCUCCCAUUGUACUGUUUGCUCGAUAGAAAACAAUAAUUCACCAACUAACCUUCCCCCAGCGGCCUCGGCCUCUCCCUUGCCCACCGGCUGCUAGACGACUUCCUAACCACGCAUCCGGAUAACCACCACCUGACACUAAUCCUAACUACCCGCUCGCACAGCAAAGGCUCGGCCACCCUUGCUCUCCUCAGCAACCACCUCCACACCCGCAAAGUUCCCACCCCCCGUUACACCCUGGCCCACCACUCCGUCGACCUAACCAACCUUGUCUCUGUGCACUCCCUCGCCCAAACCCUAUACAGCAGCUACCCACACCUCGAUGCUGCGAUCCUGAACGCUGGAAUGGGCACCUUCCUCGGCAUCGACUGGCUGAACUGCUUCAUCUCGCUAGCCAAGAACUGGAUCCGGGCCGUCACAGUGCCCACGUACAAGAUCCAGGAUGUGGGCUGCAUGACGGCACAGGAAGCGCCAUUAAGCGGUGAGUCGAUACCGACGGUAUUCACAGCGAACGUGUUUGGCCAUUACUUCCUCGUCCAUGAAGUUGUGGACUUGUUGGCCAGGGGUGGCGGGCGAAUUAUCUGGACGUCUUCUCUAGAAGCGUACCCGUGGGCGCUUUCCACCGAUGACUUGCAAGGCGUGCGUGCGAGCCACUCUUACGAGAGCACCAAGCGCCUCACGGAUGUUUUAGCUUUGACGUCCGGGUUGGAGUGCACUUCGCCUUUUACCGCUUCCUUUUUUUGCCAGAAGCAAUCCGAUGAUAACAUCGGAUUCGAGAAGAAGCAAAAUCAGCAGGUUCCAAAGAUGUACGUCUGCCACCCCGGCAUCUGCGGGACGAGCAUCAUCCCCUUGAACUUCAUACUCUUCAACUGCAUGCUCCUCGCCUUCUACAUCGCGCGCUGGUUCGGUAGUCCCUGGCACACCAUAUCCACCUACUCUGGCGCGAACGCCGCCUCUUGGCUGGCUCUUGCGCCGGAUGACGAGUUGAAGGAUGUGCAGGCUCCGGGUAUAAAGUGGGGCAGCGCAUGUACCAGAUCUGGCAAGCAGAUGGUGAAAGCCACUGAUGUCGAGGGCGAGGAGAACAGGCCCGAGUUCGAGGAGCUCGGCAGAGAGUGCUGGAAACAGAUGGAGGGGCUGAGAAUGUCUUGGAGAGAGAAACUGGGGCAGAAGGCUGCGCAGUGA